CGGGCACUGCCCACCGCGCGGAGCUCUGUAGCGUGCGGUGGCAAAAGUGCCAGGGCGGCGAUCGCGGACUUUCCCGAGGAGCCCUGCGGGGAUAAGCGCGAGGUCCUCCAGCCACACUGGGUGGCGAAGACAGGAGGAAACCUGCUUUUUCAUUGAGAGAUCCUGUCACAGAAAUGUGUGAGUCCUUGGAUAAAUUUGGCUUGGUGACGGCAAUGCCUUCUUCAGAGACACUGCUACUUCCUCCACGCACCUUUUCUACCCUGACUUAAGUUUCCUAGUGUUAAUCCCCGUGAUAAGUCAGAGGAUUUGCCCUUUUCACACUCUCUUGACACUAGGUAUCCUGUCCUUUUUCUUACUCCUUUAGGAGGAUCUAGGGUUGCAGUGUCAACCCUGUGGCUGCCAAGGAGAUGGGGUCAUCUCCAGCAGCCCUCCUGGCGAUUGGGUUCUGUUUGAUGUAAUUGGCAGGAUUUCCGGAAGCUGCUGGGGGAUGUCUGAGUAUCUCUGAUGGAGCUCCACCAUCUUGCUAGGAAGAACAGCCAGGCAGCCUUGUGCAAUGCUGUGGGCUGGAGUUCAGGAGGGUCUCCCGUCGACCAGGCAGACUCGGCAGCCUCCAAAGCUGCUCUCUGCUGCCAGAGACGCUGUGCAUCGACACCAAGAGCAGCCGAGAUGGAAAGCUCUAAACUUUGCCCUUCUCCAUCAUCCACCUCCUCUCUGCAAGACAGUGUUAUUAAGCCAGACUCCUUCCCACCUGGACCUCUCACCUCAGGGAACACCCAAGUAGCAGAACGGAAAGUCUGCAAUUGCUGCAGUCAGGAACUGGAAACUUCUUUCACUUACGUGGAUGAGAAUGUUAACUUAGAGCAGAGGAACCAGAGCUCCCCUUCUGCAAAAGGGAGUAAUCACCCGGGAGACCUUGACUGGGGAGAUUCCAAUGAGUGGUCCCAUGAGGCUGCCAUUUCCUUGAUAUCUGAUGAUGAAGAUGAUACAAGUUCAGAAGCCACAUCUUCAGGGAAGUCAGUAGACUAUGGCUUCAUCAGUGCCAUCUUGUUCUUGGUCACGGGCAUCUUGCUGGUGAUCAUCUCUUAUAUUGUCCCACGGGAAGUGACUGUGGAUCCCAACACCGUGGCGGCCCGGGAGAUGGAACGCCUGGAGAAGGAGAGCGCCAGGCUGGGGGCACACCUGGACCGGUGUGUGAUUGCCGGACUCUGCCUGCUUACCCUCGGGGGUGUCGUUCUGUCCUGUCUGCUCAUGAUGUCUAUGUGGAAAGGGGAGCUGUAUAGUCGCAACAGGUUUGCGUCUUCCAAAGAGUCUGCAAAACUCUAUGGUUCUUUCAGCUUCAGGAUGAAAACCAGCACUAAUGAAAACACCCUGGAGCUGUCCUUGGUAGAGGAAGAUGCUCUGGCUGUUCAGAGUUAACUCUGGUUGUGAACUUCUGGAGUCUGCCUUGGCAUUUUAUAUGAGAAAACAAACAAACAAAAAACAAGCCACAUUUCUUAAAAUUGACAGCGCAGUUCGUUUGCCUGGCAAGAAAAGUUUAUGCCCCAAACCAACAGCCUGUGAGUGUUUUGUUCUCCGUGUGUUUUUUCUUUAGAAGAAAGCCAUGUAAGCUGCAUUAAGAAACCACAACCAGCUACCCCUGACCUUCUGAGGAGCUGAGACAGAUUCAUCUGAAAUGCCAUCAGUUUCUACUUCAGUAGCCAAAUAUUCCUAGCAGCCCAAUGUACAAAUGAUUUUUUUGACAAGAUAUAGGGCAUUGUUCUUUGGACACUAGGAGUUCCCACACAUAGAUCAAUUAUAGUCUCCUAUUUUGUGAAAAAUAACUUAAGCACUAAUCACAUAAUAAGGCUUAUAUUUAAUUCUCAAAGGUUCUUAUCCAUUUUGUUACUAAUUUUUUUCUUUCUAUAAUUUGGCUACUUGCUAAAAUACAGGGUUUUGAAUUUAAAUGUUUUAAAACUUGAGGAUACUGGUUAUUAGAAAACCUAUAAUAUUGCUUGUUAUAUUUAAAAUUAUUCCUGUACUCACAAGUGGUAAUUGAGUCAUUAGAAUACUGGCACUUUCUAGUAAAAGAAAGUUAUGUAAAUCAUUGUAGGACCAAUCUGAAUUUAACCCAUAAUGGUAGUGCCAGGUAUUAGCCAGUGUCACAUGCCCAUUUUCUAGAGGAAGUCAAGUUAGUUGGGGAUAUAAAUUUCAUUGUCUGUUCCUGGUUUAGCUAUGAUACUGGUUACUCAUGCUCUUGAAGUCUGUCCUGAUUCUCACAUGAGAGAGGCAAAGCGUGAAACAUUUUUAAUAUACUUCCAGACAAGCAAACAUCUAGGCAGGUCUGAGUCAUGACUGGCUCAGGAAUACUCCCACGUGACUUUUUGUUGUUGUUUGGAGAAAACUUCCGAUACAAUUGCAGCUAGACUUGCGGACUGCUACUAGAAGCCUGCACCACUUGCUCUAUGCCAUGCAGCAGGACAUUGUCCAGAGAUAGCAGCAGUCCUUAAGCCCAGAGCCAAAGAAUUAAAGGGGAGGAUGGGAGAUAUUAAAUACACUGAUUCCAUGGGAACUGCACCCCUUGUCACAGUGCUCCAGGCCUCCUUAUUCCCAAGCCUUCAGUAACUGAGCUCUGGCCUCAGGAAGCUCUAUGAGAGACACGAUGCGCAAUGUGGCCACAGCUUGCAAAACAUCCAGUGUCUGCACUAACACACCAUCUCCCUAUGGUAAUGGUUCAGGAAGGGGUUAGGAAAUGCAGCCUCAGAAACAUCUUGCAUUUUGCAGUUAUUCCUAGAGGUGUUUCCAACUUCGUGCUGGAGGCUCUGUUGUAACUUCCAUUACUGAGUUACCGUGAUCAGCGUAGUCAUUAUCAAAGAGGACUGGAGCCAGGAAUUGGGGUGGGAGGGCAGGCAUGGGGCUUUGUAGAUUGUAAUGCCUAAUUCUAAUGUUUGAAGUUUUUGUUGUUAUCGAGGAUGGUGGAAUACGUGGGUGACUAUGGCUGGCAGAGUGUGUGAGUCAGGAUAUCUAUGUGAAUGAGCUCUUGUGGGUGUCCGAGAUAGAUGUGAUGAGUAUGCAGUGCGUUACUAAGGGUUAAGGGGAAACACAAAAGGGAAGAUCAGAGACUAGUAAAAAAAGAGAGGAUGGCUAUGGGAAAGAGCUAUUAGGUAAAAAUGAGAAAUAUAUGGCCAUCAGAGGAAGCUAGACAGCUAUAGAACAGGCUGUUAUUGAUUCAGAAAGAAUUGGGACAAUGUACAGACGAUUUCUGUUUUCUAUUGCUGCUGCUUUGUGCUUUUUGAACAAACUCUUUGUUGCACUGUGAAUCUCAUUUUGUGGUUUGUGUUGAGGCCAGCUUACCAGCGGCGUAAAUUUCAUGUUCUGAAGGUUUAUCAGCUGUCAAGUUCUAGCGUGCUGGAGGGCCCUCUUUGGCUGAUGCUGAGGCAAUUAGGGUGUGAUCUACGGCUUGGCUGGGUGGGUAGGUCGGAGCUGUUUUUUGUUUUUUUUCUUUUAACACAUUUUAAGAACGCAUGUUUAUUCAUAGAAGCUAAGUGGUAUCAGUGGACUUUUGUUUUUAUUUAUUGAUGAACAAGAUUAAUUUUGCCAAAUCACAAACUAAACUGAAUUAAUUGUGUGGGCUUGAUUUUCAGCUUAUUUUCAGACAAAUUUAAGAAUCAAGUGUUGGGAAGUUUUUGCAGUUCUGUAAAGCUGAUGAUAAAGGAGAAAAACUAAAGCUUUUUAGCUCUUCAUUUGGAAGCAUUUAAUAGAUUUUGCAGUGCUACCAAAUGAUGUACAGUUCUGAUGUGAUUUAAAGGAGGUGUGUGUGUGUGUGUGUGUGUGUGUGUAACAAGGGAAAACUGAAGAGAUUAGGACAAGAAAAUAUUCAGAGGGAAAAAGAUUUAACAUGUCAGAAUACAUCUCUUAGAAUUUUAAAAUGGAAAUGUAGUAAGUGCUUAUUUCAACCUUUAAGGUUCUAAUCAUAGGAGGGCAGACCAUCGGAUCAAAAGGAACCCAUUCAGAAAAUCCUCUGGAUGGCUCUUUCCAUGCUGCAUUUAGGCUGUCCUGUCAGUGCCUGAAUUCAAGCUGAAGAUCACUUGAAUUUAAAGAGAUGGCAACACAGGCAACUAAAAGACCUCAUCCUUAGACCUGUUGUUUCCAAUUUGAUGAGGAGGGUUUUGAGGGCCUUUAAAUAUGUAUUUAGAAGUAAUUUAGCAAGGUCACAUGAUAGAUGGUACAGACAUUGAACAGACCAUAGCUAUGGUGCUGAUCUUGAAUCCUUCAUGGAGAUUUAUGACCUUAUGUCUGUCUCUUCAACAUGGUGCUGGUUGUUAUCUAUAAGAGUUUUUACUGCAAGACCUGGUAAAACAAAACUCUUUUCUCAAAGGCUCGUCAUUUAGAUCUUUGACUUAUGUAUCAGGUUUUAGAAAAUUAACUCGUGGUCACCUUCCUCAUCUUAAGAGAAGUCAGCUCAUUGUUCCACAGUGCAGCCCAAAGGAGUGAGUAUCAGAAAGAAAGCCAUCUUUCUCCAUCUCUGCGUGCUGCUGAUGGACAGUUUAAUGUUCUUAAUGACUUCAACAAACUGUCCCUUUUUAGGGCCCCUAAAACUGUGGCAGAGCGGAAGUGUUUUCUGUGCGACGUUCUGUGUCCUUUCCAGCCACUUGGAGGUCCUGAAGCAGACCGUGCCAUACAAUGCACUGGCCCCUCAGGAGGGGAAUGUCUUUUCUCCAGACUUGCCAUUUCACGGCCAACUUACAGGUUAGAGGAGCCCAGGACAGCAUGGACCCAUGAAGUUCUUGGUCACUGUGGGUGCUUUCACCCACGGCUGCUGUGCCCUCUGACUCUACCACCUAGAUACUGCCUUGAUAGCAGUUUCACCUGCUUUACUCUCUGCUCAAAAUAAUGCGAGUCCAUCCCUCUCAUACUUACUUGUUUUAGGGACCGAGUUGGACCAGCGCUGGGACAAGUCCUUCAAGGUGCAAAUUUAGAUAAAGAGACUGCCCUUCCAAAUUUAUUUGUGCCUUACUUUUGCCUCCGGGCUUUAAGAAUAAAUGAAUGAGUGAGCGUUAAUGCCAGUUGAAUAUUGGGAAUUAAGAGUCUGAACUGAAGUGACUCUACAUUUUGUUACUUUUCUGUGACAAGUAAAGGUGUUAGGCAGGAGCACUUGAACAUGUCAGCCUGCAUCUUUCACAUGUGACAGGCCCAUGCAAAACCUUACCUGGGUUAGUCAUCUAAAGUUAAAGAAAAAAUGUUUUCUGUAGCCGAAAGGAGAAGGUUUUUCAAUCUGAAGGUCAGAUUCCAUUGUAGCAAUUACUGCUACCACAACAAUGUGGUCUGACAAAAGAGAUUCACAACCCUCACCAGUAGUUCACCUCUUCGGCGAGAUUUAAUACUACCAACUAUGUUCCACUCUGACAAAGGAAUAAGACAGAUCCUUACAGUUCUCUGUAAUGGGGUUUAACCUUUCCAAGAAAUGGACAUAAAGAAUGACUAUAAUGAGAAGAAUUAUAAUGAAGUCUCACUGGCUUUUCCCAGUAUAAAUGAAUUCGUAAGAACUAACACAUUGUCCUUCAGCUGAUUUUCAGCUAUAUCAUUUUAUGGUUCACAGAACUUUAUAAUAUUCUCUCCUUCCAACAUUUAUGAGCAUAAGCUUUGGGAAAUAAUUUGCCUGACUCUUGCACUGGCACUGUAAAAAGAUGUUAUUUUAAAUACAUAAAAUUGAUUUCAAAAAUCCGUGGCUCAUAGUUAAGUGUUCCUGUGGUUUAUGUUUGUUAGUGUGCAAGCCCACCCAAGUGUCAUAUAUAGACACUUGAGUCUAUAUAUGUCCUAGGAAAAUAUUUUAUCACUACAGAACUGUAAUAUCCAAAGCUAUCGUUAGAAUGAUUUUCUUACAGGAAACUUGGCAUGCCUUAAUGUUGGCUUUAAGGACAAGAGAAAUCUUUCAUGGGUCAUGAAUGAAGAAUUUGGAAUCAAUCUCAGAAUGAGAUGCCAUAAUUAUAUAGAUCUGUCUUGGUUCUUCAGCAUCCCACAAAUGUGUGACUGAUUUUUUUUUUAACCUCUCAAGUUCAAGGUCAGAGAGUCUGGCAUAUUUAGAAAUUGCUUUACCGUGAACUAUUUAUUUUAUUUCAGGGAAAUACGGGAAGAAGACGGUAUUUUCCUUUGGUCCAAGUUUUAGUCAGUCUCCCGUGUUUCGGGAACAGCCAGCCUCACCCUCCCACGGCCACUGUCACGCUUCCCCGUCGGCCUCCAAGCACUUGUUGCACAAGAGAGCAACGAUAGCCUGUUGUUAUACAGUAGACUGAGAGUUUUUAUUUUGUGGUUUUUGUUGUGCUUUUAGUUUUACUUUUCUUGUCAAAGCAGAAAAAACAAUUCCAUGUUGAUUAUGUGUUAUUUGCUAUUGUGAAAGGGCAGUUAUAAAGGUUAUGGGCAUUUUUCUUAGGGCAUUUGAUGCCUUACAUCUUAAUAGCAAGUGUGUUAAGUCAUUUUGAAGUGAAACCAUUAAGAUGUUUUAUUGUGUUAACUUUUAUUUAAAUUUGAAUUUGUGAUGC